AUGUUGUCUCGUGGCUGUUCUUCUUUGCUUUCACUUCCAUGCAUGAAACAGUUUGGCCCAACAAAUACGGAGGAGAUUAUUGUGAAAACAGAACCAAAUGGGCCCGAAAAACAAAGUAAUCAGGCCGAAGGAAAAUGCUCGGAAAAAAUAUCGAGACAUAUGGUCCGAUUCAGAUUAUCAGCUUCCAGCAACUCACGGGUCACCACCCAAUCAGCAUUGACCAGGAAGUUAAUUCAAAACCAUUGUGAACUAUGCCUUAGAGCUUCUGGUUUCUUAAGGCUUUUACUUAUUGCUCUUGAGUCGAUUUUAUCUUAUCAGUUCGUUUUGGAGUACGUUUACUCAAUAUUAUUGUUGGAUUACUUUAAUGAGGAUGCCAUCAAAACUUUCUUGGUCCGGGAAAUCGAGUCGAAUUUGGGAGUGGAGCUCGGGAAGGUGAAGAGGACGAUGUUCGCCGACGGGGAGAUUUACUUCCAGUUGGAGGAGAGCGAGAGGGGCUGUGACGUUUACUUUUUUGUCGGAACUUAG